CCGAGCGCUCCUGUGCGUGGCUGCGUCUCCAGGACAUUUAACCGGAUUACGGAUACGAUCAGAAUCAGAUUGAAGGACAACAGAUCAAUAUUUGUAUUUUUCCUCCGCAGGAUCCUUGUCGUCGAGCCGCAGGCUGCAGGACGCACCGGCGGGCUUCCACCUCAAGUUGCUCCCGGCGCCUCAGCAGCCCCGUGUGGGAAGUUACUUGCUCCACCGCAGCCUCCUCCUCCGGUUAAAAAGUUCUGCUUGCGACGCCGCUUGUAACGCAGACCUGCACAAUGACACCGGGGACCUGCGCUUUGUACGUGUGCGCGAAAUGAUCCCGAGCGGCGGCGACCUUUCCAUUAUGGUGAGGAGAUGUCUCCUCACUUUCAAACUGUUCAGGAUCUUCGUGGUGGGGAUUGGCUUCUUCAGCCUGUGCUUCCUAAUGACCUCUCUCGGGGGCCAGUUCUCGGCCAAGCGACCCGGAGAUUCCCCGUUCACAGUACGAGCCGAAGUGCUCGGGGGCCAAGAGUCUCGGGGGGUGCUGAGGAAAAUCAGCGACAUGCUGGAGGUCAUCAUGAAGAGGAUGGACACGCUGUCCAAACUGGGAAACACCACAGACAGCCACAGACUGGAGGAGCUCAGCUCGGCCCUGGACAGGAUUCAGCCUAUAGGGCUUGUGGAGCGCAUCCAAGCCAUAGCCCAGAACAUGUCUGACAUGGCAGUGAGGGUGGAGCAGAUCCUGCAGCGCAAUAUGGCCAGCAACAGAGUGAGGGACGGGACAUUAGGACAAUGUGAGACUCCUAAAGAUCCCCGUUAUCCAAACUGUGUCAGCAAGAUGGAUUGGAUGCGUGCCCGGUGGACCUCGGAUCCGUGUUACGCCUUCUACGGUGUGGACGGCUCCGACUGCUCCUUCCUCAUCUACCUGAGUGAAGUGGAGUGGUUCUGCCCCCCGCUGGCCUGGAGGAACCAGACCGCCACGCCGACCCUGAAGCCUCGGCCCAAGACACAGGCUGUUUUCCGGUCCGACAUCGGGACUCUUCUGGAGCAGCUUGGCACCGGGAAGGAAUCUCUGAGCUUCAUGAAGAGACGCAUGCGCAUGCUGGCGGCGCAGUGGGCUUCUGCCGCACGCCGCCUGGACGACAAGCUUCGCAAUCUCUGGAGGGAGCAGAAAACGAUUCUCGUCCAUGUGGGCUUCCUGACGGAGGAGUCCGGGGACGUCUUCAGUCCCAAAGUGCUGAAGGGGGGUCCGUUGGGCGAGAUGGUGCAAUGGGCCGACAUCCUCACAGUCCUGCACGUGCUGGGGCACAACAUCAAGGUCUCGGUUUCCCUCAAGGAACUUCACGGGUUUUUGGGUGUCCCCCCAGGACGAGGAAGCUGCCCCCUGACAGGACCUCUGCCCUUUGACCUCAUCUACACCGACUAUCACGGCCUGCAGCAAAUGAAGCAGCACCUGGGUCUGUCACUGAGGAAGCAGAAGUGCCGGGUGCGAGUGAUCGACACGUUCGGCACCGAGCCCGCUUACAACCACGAGGAGUACGCCACCCUGCACGGCUUCAGGACCAACUGGGGCUACUGGAACCUCCGCGGCCAGCAGUACAUGACCAUGUUCCCCCACACUCCAGACAACUCUUUUAUGGGUUUUGUGGCCGAGGAGCUGGAUGAGACGGAGCGACCGAACAUCCAGAGGAACAAGGUUAAGAAUAUGGCCGUCGUGUACGGUAAAGAGACCAGCAUGUGGAAGGGAAAGGAGAAGUUCCUGGCUGUUCUGCACCGCUACAUGGAGAUCCAUGGGACGGUCUACUACGAGACACAGCGACCUCCAGAGGUGCCGGCUUUUGUGAAGAACCACGGUCUGCUGCCUCAGCAGGAGCUACAGCAGCUCCUCAGAAAGGCCAAGCUUUUCAUUGGAUUUGGUUUUCCAUACGAAGGUCCCGCCCCCCUGGAGGCCAUCGCCAAUGGCUGCAUCUUCCUGCAGCCCAAGUUUAAUCCCCCCCACAGCUCCCUCAAUCACGACUUCUUCAGAGGGAAGCCCACCUCCAGGAAGGUGUCCUCCCAGCAUCCCUACGCAGAGCAGUACAUCGGCCGGCCGCACGUCAUCACUGUCGACUUCAACAACACCGAAGAGUUUGAUGCAACCAUUCGUGAGAUCAUGAACAGCGAGGUGGAGCCGUUCCUGCCGUACGAGUACACCUGUGAGGGGAUGCUUGAGAGAGUCCAUGCCUACAUUCAGAAGCAGGACUUUUGUUCACCUGAAGCUCUGUUCCCUCCGGGGAACUCGUCGAGCACGUGGCUGGGCGGCCCCCCCAGCCCCUUCACCCUCCUGCCCAACUCCAGCUUCCUGACCUGGGCCUCCAACUCCAGCGCCUACGCAUCCUGGCCCCCCCUCAGCGCGCUGCGGCUUCUGGCUUCGCUGGAGGGCCGGUCGUGUGUUCAGGCGUGUGAGAGCGCAGGGCUGAUCUGUGAACCCGCCUUGUAUCGGUUCAUCAACAUUAAGGAGGCCUUCAGCGCGCUGGAUUUCCAGUGUGAGGCACUGGAGACGGAGAUGAACCACCUCCUCCCGGCCUUCUCAGCGGAGCACGCUGAAUGUGGGCUGCAGCAGGACCCGCUGCUGUUCAGCUGUGCCGGCUCUGGGGCCAAAUACCAGCGCCUGUGCCCCUGCAGGGACUAUCGCGUCGGCCAGGUGGCGCUGUGCAGGGACUGCCUAUGACCAGAGGAGGAGCAUUGGACGGAGACGCCUUUCUAACUCCUGGCGGGACCCAGCUGGCUGUCCCAGGACACUGUCUCUGACCACCAGAGUGUGUGGUUCAAAAGCUGUAAUGAAUCCUGUUCCUUACCUCUGACCUAUGGGACCGGCUGCCAAAGUGGGUGAAGUGGUAUCAACCUCUCAGGGAAACUGCAUGAUUGUACUUUGGUUUGAAGGAGUCACCGCAGAAAGUCAUGGUGGAGUGUGUCCUUCGGUGGAUCGGUUUGAUUAGUGAAAUAAAUCAUGAGCAAUCAAAAGGGAAGCUUUGAUUACGACAAAAAAAAGUUGCCAAUGCUUGAAUAUCACAAAGUGUGUCUGCUCCGUGUCGUGUGAAAACCUGCAGUGUCAUAGUAGAGUUUGGAUAUUUGUACAAGAUGCACCCAAAGCCAUUUACACCGUGCUGAGAUGUACUAUUUUACAUGUGCUGUGAUGAAUAGAUUUGUACAUUACAAAAAGUGUUGUUUAAUAAAACAGAGG